CAGUACACCUUACCGCGUACGAGUUGGACGAUCGAAGACUUGCCUUUUUUUCUUCUUCUUCUUCUUCUAUACAAACCCCAACCAAGAACAACAAAAAGCAGAAACACAAACAGAGAGAAGAUACUAUCCGAUCGGAUCACAUCAGAGACGCUCAUCGGAAAAUUCAGAUUGCUUUUCGACCGUCCGAUCUAUCGCCAUGAGUUUUCUCUUCGGCAAGCGAAAAACCCCCGCAGAACUUCUGCGGGAAAACAAGAGGAUGCUGGAUAAAUCUAUCAGAGAAAUAGAAAGGGAGAGGCAAGGCCUUCAGGCACAAGAGAAGAAACUAAUUAUGGAGAUCAAGAAAAGUGCCAAGCAAGGGCAAAUGGGAGCUGUCAAAGUUAUGGCUAAGGACCUUGUUAGAACACGACACCAGAUUGAAAAGUUUUACAAGCUCAAAUCACAACUCCAGGGAGUAGCUCUCAGAAUUCAGACAUUGAAAUCGACCCAAGCAAUGGGAGAGGCAAUGAAAGGCGUGACAAAGGCAAUGGGUCAAAUGAACAGACAGAUGAACUUGCCAUCAUUGCAGAAGAUUAUGCAAGAAUUUGAGAGGCAGAACGAGAAGAUGGAGUUGGUAAGUGAAGUGAUGGCAGAUGCCAUCGACGAUGCUUUGGAAGGGGAUGAAGAAGAAGAGGAAACUGAAGAUCUAGUGAACCAGGUGCUCGACGAGAUCGGUAUUGACAUCAAUCAAGAGCUUGUUAACGCGCCAUCAGCAGCAGUUGCUGCACCAGCUGCCAAGGCAAAAGUUCCACAAGUGGAAACAGCAGCGAACGAAGAAAGUGGGAUAGAUAGUGAUCUACAAGCAAGGUUAGAUAACUUAAGAAAGAUGUAGUUUUCAUGAUGAUUUGUAUACUCUAUUGUCAUUACUUCUACUAUUGUGCAAAAUGAGUGUUCAUCUUAAGAGUGUAAUAUCUGUGAUUAUGGCAGAAUGUAUGGAUUCAGGGUUUGGAACACGAGCAUUAAUAAGAUUUGCAUUUCGCAACUA